CAAAGCACACACAAGCUAUUGCAUACAACCUCAGCACACAGGAGCUGCCUCCGAUGCGUUUCCUGCUUAGAACAAGCACCCCCUGAUAAAGUGCUUGUGUGUGCCUUGGAAACUUUUUCAUGUUGUUUUAAUCAUGUUUGAAUUAAUGUACUGGAUUUUAAACUACUCUCUACUUGUACAGCCUUCAAUUCCUUCUUCUAUUUUUGAAAAUUUCGCUUAUGAUUGUAUCAGCAUUUGGAAAAAUCGCUGUUUCUAAGGGACUGCAAUUUUGUUUUCUCUCCUGUCUUCCCCCUACAUAAAUUAAACAGAUUACUACAGCUGUGAGUUGGAUCUACUGAAGUGUCCUAAGACGUACCAUCUCUUUCUUGUUCCAUCCCGGGGUGUGUGGGACUGGCCUGAAAAUUUUGGAAAACCGGUGACUGGGUUCAGUACAAGGUGCGUUGCUGGAACUGACUGUUCAUCCUCAGAGUGCUCUACUGGGAGCCAAUAUCCUCAUCCCUUGUACCUUCCAAGUGGAUAAACUCCCUUUAAACCCCCAAUUACUUGCAAUAGAUUGGUACUUUCAAGGAAAGGAGAUCUUGAGCUAUAAUAACGUUGUUAGAACAUCACAUCCAAGGGUGUCCUUGAACACAAGUGUGACAAAAGAUGGGAUUGCUUCUCUGUUAAUCUGCAACAUAAAGAUAUCUGAUAGUGGAAUCUACAAGUGUUCAGUUGUCUAUACUCCAGAAGUAAAAGAGGGGGAAGUCAUGGUUGAUGUUUAUGCUUCCCCAACAAUCACAAUCACAAAUAACAUUGUUGUAAAGAAUAAGGAGAGCUUCCUUAACAGCACAAUCUCCGGCUUCUAUCCAGUUGACAUUGACAUAAAGUGGUUCAGAGACAAAGAGGUCCUGGAAUCUGUUAAUGACCCACUUCAGAGAAAUUCUGAUGGAACAUACUCAGUGAAAAGCUCAGUCAUAAUAACACCCACCAAAGAAAACGAAAAUCACACCUACUCAAUCAGGGUCCUACACUUAUCUCUUCAUGAACCUCUCCAGAAGGAUUUCCAGUUUGUCUAUGGAGAAGUGAAAACAUUGUCAACAACAAUUUUAAUAUCUUUGAUGACGGUGGCUGUUAUCUUCUUGAUUGGUGGGAGUGUUGCUUUCAUCUUGUGCCUAAGAAAACGAAAGAAAAAAGAUGUAAUGACAUCAGGUAAAAAACGAAGCUCUGCAGGAGACAUUACCACACAAGAAAAUAUUAUGUCACCAAUGGAAAAAUAUCCCAGACCAAAUAGCUCAAGAGAGACUUUAAUAAUAAGAGGAUCUUCUAGAUCUUCACCAGGAGAAGUUUAUAGUCAGAAGAAUAAAACAAAUUACAUAUCUACUCAAGGAGGAGCUUUUAAUCAGGAGAAUCAGGAGAGUGCCAGAUCUGCACCUGGAGGAGCUUUUAAUCAAGGGAGUGCCAGAUCUGCACCUGGAGGAGCUUUUAAUCAAGGGAGUGUCAGAUCUGCACCUGGAGGCACUUUUACACAGAAGACUCAGGAGAGUACCAGAUCUGUACAAGGAGGAGAUUGUACACAGAAGAGUCAGGAGAGUACCAGAUCUGUACAAGGAGGGGCUUGUAUUCAGAAGAGUCAGGAGAGUACCAGAUAUGUAAAAGGAGGAGAUUGUACACAGAAGAGUCAGGAGAGUACCAGAUCUGUACAAGGAGGGGCUUGUAUUCAGAAGAGUCAGGAGAGUACCAGAUAUGUAAAAGGAGGAGAUUGUACACAGAAGAGUCAGGAGAGUACCAGAUCUGUACAAGGAAGAGAUUGUACACAGAAGAGUCAGGAGAGUACUAGAUCUGUACAAAGAGGAGAUUGUACACAGAAGAGUCAGACGAGUAUCCAAUCUGUACAAGGCAAAGAUUUUACACUGAAGAGUCAGGAGAGUACCCAAUCUGUACAAGGAGGAGCUUAUACACAGAAGAGUCAGGGGAGUACCAGAUCUGUACAAGGAGGGGCUUGUAUUCAGAAGAGUCAGGAGAGUACCAGAUCUGUACAAGGAGGGCCUUUUGCACAGAAGAGUCAGGAGAGUAUCAGAUCUGUACAAGGAGAAGAUUUUACACAGAAGAGUCAGAAGAGUACCAGAUCUGAGCAAGAACGAGUUUUUACACAGAAGAAUCAGCCGAAUAUCAGGUCUGUACUAGGAGGAGCUUUUACGCAGAAUAAUCAGGAGAGUAUCAGGUCUGUAAAUAAAGAAGGUUUUAAUCAGAAAAGUCAAAUUAAUGUCAUGUUGACACCAGGCAGAGAUUUAAGCCAGAAAAGUCAAGAUAGUGCUAGAUUUACACCAGGCGGAAAUAUUACUCAUGAUAAUCCGAAGAAUGUCAGAUCUGCAUCAGGAACAGCUUUUAGUCAGAAGAGUGGCAGUUUUACAUCAGGACCUUUUAAUCAGAAAAGUCAGAUCUACAGAAUUACAUCACAAGACUAUUUUAGUCAGAAGAAUGCUAGACAUGUACCAGGAGCUUUUGAUCAUGAGAGUGCCAGAUAUUUACCAGGAGGAGAUUUAGGUCAGAAGAGUAAGGAUAGUUUCAAUUCAGCUUAUAGUCAUUUAAAUUACAGAUCUGCACCAGGAGGAACUUUUCAUAAGGAGAGGACAAGAUCUACACCAGGAGCAGAUUUUAGUCAAGAGAGUCAGGUAAAUGUCAUAUGUGCACCAGGUGCCAGAUAUGCACCUAGAGGAACUUUUCUUCUGGAGAGUCAAAAGAGUGUAAAAUAUUUACCAGGUAGUAAUUGUGGUCAGGUGAAUGCCAGAUAUGUACCAUGAGCAUCUUUAAUCAGAAGAGUUGCCAGAGUGCCAUAUCUACACCAGUAGGUGAUUAUAGCCAGAAGAAGAAAAUGCCAUAUCUAUACCAGUGCUUAUAGCCAAAAGAGUCGGGUGAGCUCCAUAUUUUCACCAGUAGCUGCUUAUUCCCAGAAGAGUCAGGAGAGUGCCAUAUCUACACCAGUAAUUGUUUAUAUAUAGAAAAGUCAGGAGAGCACCAUAUAUUCAUCAGUAGCUGCUUAAAGCCAGAAGAGACAGGAGAGUGCCAGAUCUAAACCAGUAUGUGCUUAUUGCCAAAAGAGUCCAGAGAGUGCAAAAUGGAGCCAGGAGAAUGUCAUAUCUAUACAUGUUAGUGCUUAUAUCCAGAAGAGUCAGGAGAGUGACAUAUCUUUAAAAGUUGGUGCUUAUAGCCAAGUCAGGAGAGUGUCAGACCUACACCAGAAAGUGCAUAUAGCUGGAAGAGUCAGGAGAGUGUCAUGUCUAAACCAAUAGGUGCUCAUAGCCAAGAUAGUCAGGAGAUUGCCAGAUCUACAACAAUAGGUGCUUAUAGCCAGAAGAAUAAAGAGAAUGCCUUACCCAUAUCAGUGUGUCAUACAUCAGGGUGCCAUAUCUAUACAGGUUGGUGGUUAUAACCAGAAGAGUUAGGAGAGUGUCAGAUCUGUAUCAGUAGUUGCUAAUUGCUAAGAUCUACAGCAGUAGCUGUUUUUAGCCAGAAGAGUCAGGGGAGUGCCAAAUAUGCACCAGGAGACAAUAUUGUUCUGUAGAGUGCCAGAUAUACACAAGAAGGAGCUUGUAUUCGGGAGAGUAAGGGAGUGCCAGGUCUGUCUCUAAAAGAUGAGCUUUUAAUCAGGAGACUGAUAUAUCUACACCAGAACUUGUUUGUCAUGAGGAUAAACACAUAGUUAUAUUUGAAGGUUUUCAUCUAAUGUAUUCCUUUUCUAAUAAAAAAUAAAAACAAUAACUGUGGAGAAACGAUUACCCUAUACCAUUAUCAGGUGGUCUUUUCCAUUGAUAAAAUCGUCAGAAACAUGGGCCCUCAAGCUUCAUCCGGAGCUUGAUAAAUGGGCCCCUUUGUUUUUAUUCUUUAAUGUUGAACUACAAAUAAUGUUUUUAUUUGUAUUGCUUUGGUUUUUUUGUAUCGCCUUCUUGUCGUCAAACGCUGACUUGUCCAGUUACCAGAUGUAUUCACCUAUAAGAGAAGACGAUUAAAUAGUUUAAGAUACUUGUAUACAUUGUGCAUACCUUGUUAAGAAUACUUCUAAUAUCACAAGUUUUUGAUAUUGUAAACUUGAUUAAAAAAUGUAAUAAAAAUAUUUAACUAAAAAAAAAUAAAAAAAAUAAAAACACAAGAAAACCAA